AUGCAUCCUUGGGUAGCCUUCACAGGCCUCAUACUACUUUGGACAGACGCUGUGGAUUCUCAGGCACAUGUGACCGGCGUGGUGGGUCAGCCUGUCACGCUACCCUGCACCUACUCAACAGCUUCUGAGAUCACGUCCAUGUGCUGGGGCCGAGGGGGCUGUGCUACAUUUAAAUGCUCAAAUCAACUCAUCUGGACUGAUGGAUACAGAGUCACCUUUCGGAAGGAUAAGCGUUAUGAUCUCCACGGCAUCAUUCCCCGGGGGAAUGUGUCCUUGACCAUAGAGGAUGCAGCUGAGUCUGACAGUGGCACCUAUUGUUGUCAUGUUCAGGGCGCUGGGUGGUUUAAUGAUUUGAAAAUCCACGUAUCAUUGGUGGUAAAGCCAGCUCCACCUGAGGUCACCAGUGCUCCAACAUCACCUAAGGCCGCCACCUCUGCUCCUACAACUCCAGCAGCCACGCAGAACCUCAAGACAGCUCCACCCGAGGUCACCGGUGCUCCAGCAUCACCUAAGGCCGCCACCUCUGCUCCUACAGUGCCAGCACACUGGCAGAAUUUCACGACAGCUCCACCUAAGGUCACCAAGUUCCUAACAUCCCCUCAGGUCUCCAACUCUGCUCCUACAACGCCAGCACUGAAACAGAAAUUCGAGACAGGUCACCGGUGCUCCAGCAUCACCUACGGUCUUCACCUCUGCUCCUACAACUGCAGCACCCAUGCGGAAACUCAAGACAGCAAAGAGCCUCUGGCUGAAACUUCACCAAAGGCAACUGCAGUGCGCUACCAGGCACGGGAUGGGAUCUGCUUUGAGAAUGACCUUUACAACAUGAAUUAA